UAAAUAUAUCCUCAGGACUCUGUGGGAUUUUUACCUGCUGAGCCAAAAUCUGCACAAACAAAGGCGUCUUUGUGCUAGAAUUCAUUUCCACUGCUGUAUAUUUUAUUUCUGAUCGCAACAGAAACACUUUCUCAGAGAACACUGAUAUAUAAUGCUGCUCAACAGUAUAAUAAUUCAAUGCUCUUUUUAUUAGUAUUUAAUAUUUCUGAGCUGCUGCAUGUGCUGUGCAGGUUUCUGCAGGAUUACUGCACACGCGGCUCGUUCUCUGAUCUGGAUCUGAUCGAUAACCUCGGACCUGCCAUGCUCCUCAGCGACAGACUCACAUUCCUCGGGAAGUACCGUGAGUUCCACCGGCUGUACGGAGAGAAGAAGUUCACAGAUGCAGCGAAGCUCCUGCUCUCCCUCAUGACAGCAAAGAUCGCUCCUCACAGCUUCUGGAUGACUCUGCUCAUAGACGCCCUGCCCUUACUGGAGCAAAAAGAGGUGAUCUUUUCAGUGGAUCAGACCCAUGAACUCAUGUUCUGUCUGGAAGAGCUGACCUCUGACAACAGCAAGCUCCAACCAGAGCGUCUAGCACAGGAUGAUGAUGUCGAGUCCACAAAGCUGGAGCUGCUGCGAUUGGCUCUGGCGCGUAACCUGGCGAUGGCCAUCGUGAAGGAGGGAACAGUCGAGGCCUAAACACACACACACACUCUCACACUCUCCAGGUUCAUUAAUUCACACAAAGCCCUCACGUUAUCUCACUGCACUGUAUAUAAAACUAAAUGAAUGAAAUGUUUUGACAGUUUAAUUAAAAAAAAGCUUUUGUUACUGGUUUUGCAAAAACUGUCUCGUUUCUCCAGAUCCUUCACUGUGUGUAACAGAUAAUAUAUAUUUUGUCGUUAGACACAUUUAUUUUGAAUAACUUGAGAAAUGAGUUUUAUUGCUACAAAAUUCAUGGUAAAUACAUAAACUAAAAAUACAGCAAAAAUAAUAAUACUGUAUGAUGUAAAUUAUAUUGUAUUUAUAAAUUCAUUUCUUCAAAAUGUACCGUAUUUGAUACCAUCAAAAAAAC